ACACCUUUCCGGUAGAUCAGAGUAGCGUUGCAACUCGGCUGAAAAGGAGAGAGAGGUAGACGAAAGCGGUUUGCAAAUUACUGAGAGAGGAGGGGGGAAACAGAAUGUAAUAUAUAUAUUUUGGGAAGAUUUGUGUUAAAAAUACACGGAACGGGAACAAGAAGGGAUUUUUUUUUAUUGAAUCAAUGACCUUAGUCGCCGGGACUUUAGGAGAACUGGCUCCUACGAACGAGUGUGUAGCCCAGCGUGACGUUUGAUGGAAUAGCUGCAGAACAUUGCCUUUCUCCUCCGGUGGUGUUGAUCGGAACAAGGACGAGGAGGGGGACCUCGAGACACAUUCACCAAGAGGAAGUAAGAAGUACCGCAGUUUUUUUGGAGGGCCUAUUUGACUUCCUUGCUCUAUCAACAGAUUCACUAUCCCGCCCCUCCCGACCCUGAAGAGAAUAGAAAUCAAUAGUAUGAACAUUUUGUGACAGCUACAAUUAAAAAGUAACAAUAUACUUAGACGGCUUGUCAUACAAUUGACUUAUCUCACCUUUGGGUACACAUUUGAACUUGGUUGUCUCAAACUCUGAGAAUUAAGUUAUGAACAGCAAUACUACAAGUUAGCUAAUGAUUUGCCACCAGGAAUAUUAUUGUUGCCAGUUUGAGAUUCCUUUCUUUGGCCGACACAUUGUGAAGCAUUGAUAGACCCGCACAUGACUCAGUUUGAGCUUCAUAAUUCACACCAUGUCCAUUUGUAAUUAGUUGCCUAGUUACGCCCGGUUAAGCAAAUAAAGUUAACCUGCAUGGUUUUGACAUUAAGGAAGUUAAAAAGGAAAUAUUGAAGAAUCCAACCAUUUUUUUCAUUUUGAACGGAAUAUUUAUGCACUGUUUACAUGAUGGGGAAAAUGCUAUCGAAAAUCUUUGGCAACAAGGAGAUGAGAAUAUUGAUGCUUGGACUUGAUGCUGCUGGAAAGACCACCAUCCUUUACAAACUGAAACUUGGACAGUCGGUCACCACAAUUCCCACAGUUGGUUUCAACGUUGAGACUGUGACUUACAAAAAUGUCAAAUUCAAUGUAUGGGACGUUGGAGGCCAAGAUAAGAUCCGUCCCCUGUGGCGACACUACUACACCGGCACUCAAGGGUUAAUCUUUGUUGUGGAUUGCGCAGACAGAGAUCGCAUUGAUGAAGCCAGGCAGGAACUCCAUCGCAUCAUUAAUGACCGUGAGAUGAGGGACGCCAUCAUCUUGAUUUUUGCCAAUAAGCAAGACCUACCCGAUGCCAUGAAGCCACACGAAAUCCAAGAGAAACUAGGAUUGACCCGCAUUAGAGAUAGGAAUUGGUAUGUUCAGCCCUCCUGUGCGACCACGGGAGACGGACUAUAUGAGGGGUUGACAUGGCUAACAUCAAAUUACAAAUCCUAAUGAUUGAGUGAUUACUGUUUUAGAUUCAACUACAAAAAAGUCAAAUUGAGGCAAGUAACACAACUUUACUUCUCAAAUAAAUAUAUAAUAAAGAGAAGUUUGAUCUCCAUUUAUUUUUUAUUACUAUGAUGACCCUAUAACUAAUUUAUCUUUAUAAACUUGGUUUUUCUGGCUUAUAGUUUGCUUCUACUUAGCUCUUGAGAACCCAAGGUGUCUUAAAGCCGGUCCCUGUCUUGGGUUCUUAGCUGAUGGUAUGGAGGACAGCUGGCUCCAUGUGAACUGCAUUCCAGAUGCUCUGUUUUAACGUUUAGAAACUUUAAUAAUCCUUGCUUGCGAUACAGUUUUGGAAACCUAGCUAUGUUUUUAGUCAGGCUAAUGCCAGCUAGCCAGGCUGCCAACUAGCUACUACUAGCAAGGGAAGGCGACUCUUCCUUGAUUUCACAAAAGGAAAUGACAAAAAUAAAUGCUGUCGCCCCCUUGUGAAUUAGAGUGGGACCGGUGAAGAUAUCAUUUUACCAACAGGGGUCCGCUGCUCCAAAAUUUGCACGCACGUAGAUCAACAAAGUGAAGAUUGUAGUAACCUUUACGCACCAUUGGAGACUUUUGAAGUGGAAAUUGGAGGGGAGGAAGUGUAGCCUGUUGGAGGCGGUGUUCUUGAAAAUACAGCCGGGUGCAACUUUCCUAAACUGCUUAGAGUACGUGUAUAUUUUGUAUUUGAAAAAGUUCCAAAUGUUUCCAAAACUGUAUCACGUGCAAGGUGUAUUUGAGUUUAGGCAGAGCAUUUGUGCAGUGUUGGCAUUGAGCCAAGUCCAAUGGCUCAAUGUAAUGCAGUGGAAUUGGAGUCAUGAAUAAGUGUUAGCUUCUACUCUGUAGCAAGCCUAGGGGACAUUAUGUGGCUUGAUGAAUAUCAAUUAAAUGUGUUCAUAAUUCAAAGCUACAGAGAUUACCAACUUUGCCUAUUCUUUAUCACAUUUUUAUAUAUUUUCUAAUGGAGCUGGAUUUGUAUUUUCAUUAGGGCUCAAGCUUGGUUCAUGUAUGCUUUAAAGAUACUGUUGGAUUGUGAGUAACAUAAGGGUCUGAUUCAUAGUUUUUCCUUUCAGAACUAAAGUCUGAUGUUUAGUCUAGCUUGUUUGGGACAACUACAACACCUUAUAUUAAACAUGUUUUUAAUACAGAAACCAUUUAGCAAAUGUAGGUAUUUGUAUUGACAAACACUGCAAGGUGUGAUUUAAAAGUUUGGCCAUUGCGUACAUUUAAUUGUCAACAUUCUGGACAUUGUUGUGACAAAAUUGUCAGGAAAGACAUUGACUGUCCGAAUACCCAUACUUGCAUUCAAAAUAGUAGGUGUUUUGGGUAUGCAAAAAUGUUUUGUAGUAUGUGCAAUGUCAAAUUGUGUAUGCCUUAAAUGCCAGGAUGUCAUACUCAUUUCGGGCAUUUCAUCUAGUAAAAUUCACUGCACACUAUUAAGGAAGAGAAUAGUUUUUCGAGACCCACUUGUGUUUGAUAAGAGCUGAUAAUCAGAUAUGGUGAUGUGCUUUACCAAAAAUAAACGAAUGGCAGGAAUCAAUACAAUUUGAGCAUUAGAUUAUGCAUUCUCAGUAUGGAUGAGCCUAGUAUGGUAUUGGUUGCUUACUGUAUUCGAUUUUACUGAACAGUACGUUCUAAAUAGCAUUUAGUACGAUUAGUACACAGUAUGCAGUUUUAGUAAGUAACAAGACAGAUUUAGGACACUGCCAGAGUGUAGUGCUUAGACUCACCAUCUGGAACCCAGUUGCACAAGUGAUUCCCUAUAGUGGGCUAUAUUGUGAAUUAAUUGGCCUUUUUGUAUACUCGUGUUUUGAUCCCAGAUUGUGCUCAAGCAAACAGGUCUCCGUUAACCCAAACAUGCUUUUCAGAAUUCAGCUUUUGUUCAUAGGGUAACAUUGAUGGUUAUGAAGGCAAUGGACUAAUAUUUCCAAAGGAAUGUCAUUCAGCUCUGAGCUCUCAACCUACUACCAUUCAUAUGUCUCAGGAUGCCGAGACCUUUUACUAGCCUGUAUCUGCAGCAUGAGUACAGAAGUAUAGUAACCCUUCAGCAGAGUGGGCCUGUCAUGCAAUGGGAGAGAGCAGCUCCCUGGUGAAAUGAUGUUUUGGUUCAGCUCUCUUAUUCCUAUGUUGACUUGGAGAACCAUGUACAGAACAAUGUCAUUGUAAUGUCUAAUUAAAAAAGUAAUUUUAAA